AUGAACAGACGCUAUAAAAGGAAAAGAAACAGUUACAUAUCAGAAAAUUCUCUCUACUUUGCCUACACCGCCCUGGCGCUCCCCAUCCCUGCAGGGGACGCCAGCACCAACCGGGCAGCGGCCACCAGCAUAUCCAACCCUUCUGACGUCGGCGCCGUCCUUGGAGGCCUCCUGGGCGGGGCAGCGGGAGCAGUCACGGCGGGCGUAGGCGCGGGGGCGGCAGCCGGUGCCGCUGCUGGUGGCAGCAAGGGGGCCGACAAAUGGGGCAAGAAGGGAGGCAAGAAAUGGGGAAAAUGGGCCUAG